AUGGAGAUCAAGCCGCGGGAGCCACCGCGCCGACCGACGCUCACCUCGCACAAGUCGGCGGGCUCGCUCCUCGACGACGCCGGACUCAAGCGCGCAGAUGGCCGCAGCGUCGACGACAACGAACACGCCGUCGGACGCCGCAGCAGCAAGCCGCAUCUGAGCAUCGACAUCCACGAAGCCAAACCGCCUUUUCCUCUGGGAAAGCGCCGGUCCGUCAGUGACGCCUCGCUCAAGCUCAGCCAAGGCGACGUGCUGGGCCACGAUAUGCUCGUGUCGCGGCCAGGCUCGCCGGCAGCCAAGGCCAUCGACAUGACCAACCAGAUCCAGCGCGCGCGGCAUGGCACACUCUUGACGUCGCCGACGGCUGCGUUCAAAAAGCCCGACGGCAACGAAAUCCACGACCAACAUGAGCAGUAUACGCUCACGUACGGCAUGAUGACGGGCAUUCUCGCCUCUGCGGGCAGCAUGGACCUCUUCAAGCAGCGCCUGACCAUGAACGACUUUAUGCGCGUGGACAAGCGUAACUUCCCCGCGAACCCGAGGUCCAAGCUCAAGCACGAGUUCAAAUUCAAGGACUAUGCGCCCGACAUUUUUCGGCAGAUUCGCCGGCGCUUUGACAUUGACAGUGCCGACUACCUCGUGACGCUCUGCGGCGACUUCAACUACAUCGAGUUCAUGUCCAACUCGAAGUCGGGCCAAUUUUUCUUCUACUCGCACGACGGGCGCUUCAUGAUCAAGACGCAGACGCAAGGCGAGUCCAAGUUUCUCCGGCGCAUUCUACCCCACUACUACAAGUUUGUGAUGGAGAACCCAAACACGCUCGUGACGCGCUUUUACGGCAUGCACCGCGUCAAGAUGCACCACCUCAAGACACAAAUGCACUUUGUCAUUAUGGCCAGCGUCUUCAAUACGCCCAAGGAGAUCCACCUGCGCUUUGACCUCAAGGGCUCGACCGUCGGCCGGAACGCGUCGCCGGACGAGAAGAAGCGCCGCGGCGUCCUCAAGGACAACGACCUCAUCGAGGAGCAGAUCCAUCUCUCGCUCGGGCCGGCUCGGCGGGCCAUGAUGCUCGAGCAGCUUCGCAAGGACGUGGCGUUCCUCAAGCGCAUGAAGAUCAUGGACUACAGCUUGCUCGUGGGUAUCCACGAUGCCGGCCAAGAGAUCCUCGCGCCUGGCGCCACGCUUGCCACCGAGAUCGACUUGGCCGAGCAAAAAAAGAAGCUGCAGCAGCUGCAACAGCCGACUGUGUUUGGGAGCGCAGCCGAGUCGACCGUGCAGCUGGACGACGACGACGACGACGAUGACCUUGGCGCCUUGGAUCCUGGCGUCCCACCCCCGACGUCGCCACGCGUGGAUCCUGUCAACAAGGAGCCGACCGGGUCGAUCUUCUGCAAGGACCUCGGCGGCAUCCGCGGCCGGCGCGCAUCCGGGAAGAAGAACGGCUUUGUCUACUUUGUCGGGAUCAUCGACAUUCUGCAGCAGUACAACAUGCAGAAGCGCGCCGAGACGCUCAUCAAGGGCCUCCAGCACAACGCCAAGGAGAUCUCGUCCGUGGACCCCGACUUGUACGGCAACCGCUUCAUCGAGUUUAUGGAGAAAUUUGUGCUCGUCGACGACUAG